AUGUGUUUGAGUUUCUUCUCCCUAGUCCCUGGCUCUACCUCUUCUGGCACAAAUGUCAGCAUGACUGUUUCCGCCAGCCUUUUGUCGAGUGAAAGGGCAGAGAUGAACAUCCUAGUCAACCAAGAAUUGCGCUUACAGCUGGCAGAGAGCAGACAGCAGUUCUGAGACCUCAAAGAGAAAUUUCCUAUACCUCAAACUACUACCUACUCCCUGGCCAACCAGCUGAAGAAGUACAAAUAUGAAGAGUACAAAGACCUGAUAAAAUCUAUGCUGAGGGGACUGAAGUUCAAGGAGGAGAAGCUGGCAGAGAAGCUCAGGCAAGUGGAGGAGCUCAGCUGAGGGGGCCCCGUGGGGGCAGGCAGGCAAUAUACAGUCUCUGUUCACUCUCAGACCUGAGAGCUGGCCCAGUUACAGGACAUGUUACAGGAAGGGAGAGAUGCCUUCCGCUCGCUGAAUCAGCAUCUCAAGGUCCUUCUCACUCCUGAUGAUUCUGACAACUCCCAGGGGCAGGACCUCUGAGACAGGCUGGCAGAGCACCUUGUCCACAAGCUCAGCCCAGAGAAUGAUGAAGGUGAUAGUGGAAAUGAUAAAGAUGAGGAGAUUCAUAAAGUACAAGAAUCACCAGUCCCCAGGGAGGUGCUGAAGGCUGAAGAAAAGUAAGUCCCUGAGGACUCACUGGAGGAAUGUGCCGUCACUUGUUCAAAUAGCCAUAGCCCUUCUGACUCCAACCAGCCACACAGGAACACCAAAAUCACAUUUGAGGAAGACAAAGUCGACUCUGCACUGGUUGUAGACAGUGAAGAAUGGGAGGAUGAAUGGGAGGAUGCUCUACACAUUCUCCCAGUGUCAUGGACCCUAGGCAAUUGGGAUAAACUCAUAGUCACCUUUGUCCAGGAGGUAUACAGGAGGCUCAGCAGGGAGCUGCUGGAAGGGGAAGAGCCUGAAGUCUUGCGGGACUCACUGGAUAGAUGUUAUUCGACUCCUUCCAGUUAUCUUGAACUGCCUGACUCAUGCCAGCCCUACAGAAAUGCCUUUUACUCAUUGGAGGAACAGCAUGUUGGCUUGGCUCUUUACGUGGACAACAUUGAAAAAAAUCAAGAAGAAGAAGACCAAGACCCACCAUGCCCCAGGCUGAGCCCGGAGCUGCCAGAGGUGGAGGACCAGGGCGCCCCGCAGGACUCCCUGGAUGAAGUUUACUUGACUCCUUCACUUCCCCCUGACCUGUCUGACUGCCAGCAGCCUUACAGCAGCAUGUGCUCAUUGGAGGAUCAGCUCGCCUGCUCUGCUCUGGAUCCCCUUCUUCUUUCAGUUCCCACCCAGGCGGCCUGUCCUUACGGACCUUGGAGCGGAGACUUGAGCCACUACCUGUCAGAAGUGCAGGCUUCACAGGCACAGCCAGCGCUGAGAACCCUGGUGCCCAAUUGUCUGUGACUGCAGCUGGAUCAAGGGUUUGACUGUGGUUAUGGCUUAGCCAGGUGGGGCGUUUCCUCCACCACCUGCAGUUUCACAGCCAAUGCUGAUCCUGGGAAGCAAUGGCCCUUCCAAGAGUUGGGUUUAGAGCCUUCCCUUGGAAUGAAGAACCCUCCCCAGCUGGAAGGUGAGGCUCUUGAAGGCUCAGCUGACAACACACAUGGGUAUCAAGUCAUUGGCCACAUUCAUGCCUCAAGUGUCCUAAAACCAAAGAUGAUCAAAAGAAAACUGCCGUUCAGCAAGUGGAGACUGGCAUGGAGAUUCCCUGGCCUGCAAGCUUAG